GGGUAAUGUACUAAAAGUGCCAAUGCAGAUUGCAGCAGUGGAAGUCGGGGUCGGAUGUAGACGAUCUUGUUUCAGUGGUCAAGUGGAUCUUUACCGCCAAUCCGAAUAUGCUGAGUCAGUCCAAAGACACGUCGUUAUUCGACGACUUUUGCAAAACCUUGGAGCUAGCACUCGGACGAGGUCAACCACUUGCUUCCAAAAUUGAAGCGUUUGAUCUUUUACCCAUGUUUCUUUGCGUCGAUGGGCCGCACAAGGAAAUGAUAUCCGAAUCGUUGAAGGAAAUUGUGAACCAUGAUUUCCCAAUGACAUCGAGAGAUCUCAAAAUCGGCAGUGAUAUUUACAAUACGUAUAUCACCGCUUUGGACAAAUUGCUCAAUAUUAUGAGCAGCUUCCAGUCCAUCAUCAUUUUCAAUCGCUUAGUGCCGGUGUUUAUUCAAGAGGACGAACAUGUCCAUGAGACAGCUAUUCAAGACUCUAUUACCACCUUUUCUCAAGCACUCGGUUUAUCUAGCUUCACAGAAGUAUCACAGACAUGCCUUGGGUAUUUUAAGGAUGAAGGUCUCAACAUGAAUCUUCGCCAACAUGCCAUCAAUAUCGUGUCUUCGAUGAUUGCCCGUGUUCCUGAAACGCAUGCGGUCGCUUUUUACAAUACCAAUAUUGAGUAUAUUAUGGGAAUUAUUUCCAGAGGGUUCCCGCAAUUCGGCACCCUGGAGGAUACCAUCAAGGACCUUGAAAUGAAAGCCUGCUGUUUCCGCCUCAUGCAAAUCAUGUAUGAAUUGCUGCCAAUUUCCAAAGUCCACAGCCCAGACAGCAAGAUUAGCCGCACUUGGGAGGCGUCUGUGGGUGACAAGGCCGGCAACGGACGAAAGUUGACUGCUGCUCUUUUGAAAACCGCUGUGAGCGCAAAGAAACUUCAGGUCGCUCAAGAUGAUGCCAGCAUGCGUAAAGUACGACUGAAAUUUGAACAAGCGGCCUAUAAUGCUGCGGCAUCGGCUAUUCUACGCACGCAGACCACCAAGGGGACCAGUGAGCGUUACUAUGUAGGAUUUUUACUUCAAGAUAAGCCGCAAGAACCGUUGUGGAGCAACAUCAUCGACACGGAAGAAACCAUCCAGCUGACGGCCGAAUUGAAACAACCACUCAUGAAAGCCCGGCUCGAAGACUUUCGAGCUAGCACGGGAUUGCGAGUCCCAAAAACGCGUAGAUCCAACGUCUCUUACAUGUCAUCCGUCGCCCUUUCGGGAAGCAGCUUAACUCAGGCCUCCUUAUCAGAUAUGGCACUCGAGACAAGCGGUAUGAGUCAGGCACCGGAGGAAACUAAAUCACAAGAAAGCGCAAGUCAAGAUGCUGCUACCGCGAUGGAUGUAGAUAGCAGCAGCCAAGCAACUGCAGCGGCGACAGAUGAAUCUGAAGUCGAGCUCGAUGUUUUCAACGAGAACCCUUGCAUGAAAUAUCUCGUUGCUAUUGUUCAGAUGCUUCACAAGACGAUUGUUCCGCAUGAAGAAGGGUCCAACGCCAUGCCCUUGUGGAUGAACGUCAUUUAUAAAACAUUUACGCAUAUUGAGACACCUUUGACCGUGCGCUUGUUCAUUGCGAAAAUCGUGAUCAAUUGUCCAGAAGCCUUUGAAGCCCAUGCCGAUCACUGGGUGCGACCAUUGAUGAAGUUGGCUAUUGAGGGAAAUCAAUACGGCGAACCAAUGAAUUAUUUCAUCCAGGAUUUAUGUGUCAUUAUCAUUGCUUGGGGCAAAACUGUGCCACUCCAUGAUUCGUAUGAAGACCGAUACUUGCUAUUCAGCUUCUUGAAAUAUCUUGUGAACAAUGCUUUCCAUGAGACCAACCGUGUGCUGCGCAAUAAUAUUCAGACGAUCAAGGCUGUCAUGGAUAAUUGGCAUGACAAUAUGAUUAUUCCUACGCACGACAUUUAUGACCAAUUUGCCAGUCGAGACAAGCAAACGAAGAGAAACCUCACAGGAUUACAGUUGGUGGGCAUUCUGUUAGCCAAUGACAUCAAUCCGUAUUACAGUGGCCCAGAAGUGAAUCUGGACGAUAUGACGGAACAGCAGUUCUAUACAGCACUCAUUGACAAUAUGGGCAACAAAUAUCGCGAUGUAUAUGCUGACGCAGCCGAGGUGGCUGGUUGGUCUAUCCAUUUCAUGAAAGAGCAUGGGAUCAUGUUGCAAGAGGACAUUGAACGCUUGCUGAUGAGAAAGCUUGAGGAACUGGACCCAAUUAUUAAUCAAGGACAAGACACGGCUCGAUUCCUGGUUUGUCUUCAUCGGAUCCAUCUGCACGAGGCAUCACUCUGCCUACCGUUCAUCAACAAGGUGAUGUUCUUGCUUGGUCAGUUGCAUGGACAAUCUAAGAUCUUUGCUUUGGAUAUUGUACGAGCAUGCAGCGAUUCAGUGGACGAUCUUUUCCAGACCUUGCAAACCAAGGGCUUGCUUAACAUUAUCCGCCACAGGGAUAAUGCUUCCCAAUUGGCAAUCCUUCGUCUUCUCGAUAAAAUCGUACGAACACUUGACGCUGGACAGCUCAAUUUCUUUAUGGAUAUUUUGAUGUCGUCAUUUCAAAACCACACAAAUGUGGAGUGUCGUACUCUGUAUUAUUCCAUUCUGAAGCAAGCGCACGAUGGGUUGGAUAAAAAAUCGGCGCUCAAAGACAAAAUUUCGGUGAGCCUACUGCGGGGUCUAUUGGACAAGGACGACAACAUCCGUGAAGAUAUUGGGAUUUUCCUAAAGUCACGACAUAAUAUUCAUACGGACGUAUAUGAACGGCUUCGAACCGUGUUGCACAAUAUGUAUUUGCCGGAUGUCGAAAAUAUUUACAUCCUUUACAGCAAUCAAAUCAUCCUGGAUGGAACAAAGGAGAGCUUUGAAUAUGAAAACCCUAUCUUUGAAGAGCCUCUACCCAAUGCUCGUUUCGACGAAAACUAUCAGGUGCUUGAUACAUCGUGGCAGAGGAAUAUGUCGAUGAUGCCUCUUUUCGUCGCUACACAGCACCAAUCCCUGAACCCUGAAGACCUGGAGCUUAACAUUCGAGCCACGCAACAAAGUUUAGCGUUUAGUCAAACUCAAACAGGAGCAGGAGGAUCUCUGUUGGCGAGCCUUGGACCAUCACAAGCCACGUUUACCACGAUGAGUACGGAAGCGCCUAGUGUUGGUACACAGGUCGACUCGCCCAGCAACGGUGAAGCUCAAAAAAGUCAAAUGGAAGAGAGAAAGAAACAGUACAGCGGAUUGCGACGGCGGUUUGUAAAGUCGUCUUCAACGGACAACUCCGCCUACUUUAGGUAUCAGCAAGAGAGACUCCAGAAACGAUUGCGUAUGUACGAAUCGAUGCAAAAAGAAGCACGUGAGAAAAAAGUGUCGCUGUGUCGUCAAUACAGAAUUGGUGAACUGCCGGAUAUCCAGAUCAAACACAAGGAGUUGAUAGAGCCACUGCAAACGCUCGGACGCUACGAUAAUGAAAUUGCACGUAUGCUUCAUGCACAUCUCGUCGUCGCUAUUGUCAAUGACAGCAGUAAUACGCAAAAAAUGGCCGAUUACAAGAAUGAGAUUCUCUCGGUCAUUGAACGGAACUUGGAACUCUGCGUUGCCUACUUUCCGCCGACGGUAGGAUCGUUCCUAAGAAUAUGCUAUGAACUCGGCGGUGGUCAGCUUGACAGCGCACUUGUGAAUCAUGUCAGUGAACAAAGUUAUAACCAACACAUCGGCAUUUGCGUGCUCGAAAAGCAGUCGGCAUUACCGGAAGAACCUCGAAACAAAAGGGCUCGCAGCGGGACGGCCAGGAGACUACCAAUUGCCAAACAGAAAUGGAUUGAUCUAGCACUGCUGUACAAGAGCAUUGACGAGCCAGAAAUUUUCCGCAUGCUGUAUCAAACACAUAUUGCUACCGACGAUUUGCCCAAGAAGGCCAUUAACGCGGAAAUUGAUGGAAAUUACCCCGAGGCCGUCAACUUGUUCUUUGACGCGUACGAGACAUUGCACGAAGACACUGAUCCGAAAGAGGUGUCCUUGUGGGACCAGGAACGGCUUCAGUGUUACGAGAAGCUCACCCAGUGGGAAUCGAUUGCCACGACUGUGAAAGAAGAUCUUCACGGAGAUUACAAUUUAUUGUGGGAUGUUGAUAACAGGGAUAUAUUUUUGCCGUAUUUCAUGUGCAGUUUUGUCAAACUGCGUGAUGGCCUUCACGAUGACAAGGAGGAAAUGAUUCCCUGGACCAACGAGAACCCAAACCCCCUCUUUCCUUUCGUCGCUGCAGCUAUACAAUCGCCUGAAAAAUUGGAAUAUCUUAUACAACACUACUCUUCUGAGACGGCUUUGUCCGCGAUCUACCAGAACGAGUAUGAUCGUGCGCGCUAUUAUGUCCGUAACGCAUACGAGGUGUUGCUUUCCGUGUGGACCAGUCUGCACCCCCUGGCUUUGAAUAGCAGACAAGCGAAAUUAGCCAUGUUGCAAAGAACGGUCGAAUUGGACGAUUUCCUUGAUAUGAUUGCUGGGAUCCAACGGUCAGCGGUCGAUAAAGCAGGCAUCUUGAAGUAUAUACGAUCCCUGUCGGCAAGAUAUCCCGAUACAAAGCUGGAUGAAAUGAACAUUUGGGAUAAUAUCAUUGACAGCCGAUUGGUCUUCAUGGACACCUUUGAGAAUAUUACUCAGGACUGGGAGGCACAGGCUGAAAUCAAGGAUGCAUGCACUGAAAGUCGCAAAGGAUUCCUGAAAGAGAUGAUUUUAGGAGCUCGAGAACAGAACAACUUUAAUGUGGCAGCUGAUCGUUUACAGUUUUUAAAUCAGAUCGGUUUGCCAUCCAUGGAACGACAAUACAUCAUUUUACAGAUCGACCUGAAGCGUCUUUCGGUAUCCAUGAUUGACAACCCGCAACGACCACAAAUGAUUGCUCGUGCCCUGGCUCGUCUUUUGAAACAGCAGGCAUCGGACAAUACGGAUUACAACUACUGUCUCACGGCGUCCAAAGUGUUUGAGCUGGCGCGAUCUUACGUGCAAACUGUUCCCGAAGGAUACAAAGAAAUCCUCGAAAGCCGUUACGCAUCUAAGCACCUCGAACCUGGUCAGUUCAAGAACGCGGGAUUAUUGGCCAAUCACCUUGAAAAGCAUGGACACAAAUGGGCCAAAGCAGCUCAAGCGAAAAUGACAGACAAUGAAACGGUACAAGCCGAGUGCUACUGGGCCCUGGGUCAAUACUGCGAUAAUGCAUUACGCAGCAACGAAGAUGAAACAUCGGAUGUCCAGUUACGACUAAAUAAUGACACGUACAGUCGCACAGUGGUCAAUUGCUAUUUCAAGGCCAUGGCGCUUGGCCAGCGUCAGGCGAUGGAGCGAUUUCCCCGGUUAUUAGAACUGAUUGAAAAAUACCCAGAGAGCAGCAAGGACUUUGAAAAGAAUGCUGAAACAUUUGAUGCUACAUGGAUGUAUAUUAAAUGGAUUCCUCAGUUGGUGGCUAUCCUGGAUACCCCCAUAGCCAAACACGUAUUCCUAGUGUUACACAAGAUUGCUUCCACCUAUCCCAACGCGUUAUACUAUCCCUUCCAUAUCAGCAACGAGCAUUACGAACGUAUUGCGGACAAAUUGGAUCCUGCUAACCGCGAACAAAUCAAAGCCAUCAAACACGCUAUUGCUUCACCGCUAUUAGAAGAGUUCUCGAUGGAGUUAAGAAGACUGACAAAUCCUGAACAUAUUAUGAAAGAUUUCCUGGAUUUCAUGCAGUCCAUGGCCGACCGUACUGAUGUCAGCAAAGCCUAUGUCGAGGGUGCGUUCCAAGAAUUCAGCCACUUACUUUUGGACCACAAUGAUCGGCGUAUGGGAACGAUUCCGAAAGCCUUUGCGGUCAAACAUGGGUCGGACAUCCGAGAGAUUUGCGGCAAAGACGGCGGGAAAUUGCUGAAACUCAGCAGCAAAGAUAUCAACAAAUUGAUCAAGUAUUAUCAAAAGGAGGUGCAAAACCAGAAACUACCCGGUCCUCCGGAAUUGCUUCGUUCUUAUUCGCCUUGGUUGGCCGAAUUUCAAAGUGCCAACUAUGAUCAAUCGAUUGAAGUUCCCGGGCAAUACACGGGCGUGGGCAAACCGUACCCCGAACUGCAUGCAAAAAUUGCCAGCUUUGAUGAGAGGUUGUUGGUGAUGAAUUCUUUACGAAAACCGAAGCGAAUCCGCAUCUACGGUACUGACGAAAAAGAAUAUCUAUUUCUGGUCAAGGGUGGCGAAGAUUUGCGUUUGGACCAACGUAUUGAGCAGUUAUUUACUGUGAUGAAUGAAAUGAUCAAACGCAACAGCUUUUGCGCACGACAAAAUAUUCACAUCAAUACUUACAAAGUCGUGCCCAUGGCCACCAAUAUUGGUAUCAUUGAAUGGGUCAGCGAUACCAAGCCUUUGCGUUCGUGUAUCGAUGAGCAAUUGAACAACAAACAACUGAUGACAAAAGCUCAGGAAAAUUACCGUUCCUGGAUUUGGAAGCAUAAAGGCGACAUGAUGGGCUACCACAAUGCAUUCAAGGCGUCGCGUGAUGAUGUUGUCCGGCAUUUUGAACAGUGUGCUGGUUUAUUCAGAGAUGACAUCCUAAACAAUUAUUUAUUCAAGCUAGCGGCUUCUCCUGAAGCAUUCUUGUUUAUUCGCAAGGACUUUGCCAAUAGUUUGGCAGCCAUUUGCGUUUCCGGCUAUUUACUAGGUAUUGGGGAUCGUCACUUGGAAAACUUUUUGAUCGAUCUUAAGAGAGGCCGUCUUAUUCCCAUUGAUUUUGGCCACGCCUUUGGAUCCGCCACGGAACUCCUUCCAGUACCCGAACUGGUGCCUUUCCGCUUAACCAGACAACUGAUCGGUACUCUAGAACCCAUUGGCAUUGCAGGAGGUAUCGAAGUACCAAUGACCAACGUGUUACAAGCGAUUCAACAAGAAAAGGAUUUACUGCUCAAUACAAUGAAUGUGUUUAUCCAUGAACCCUUGCUGGAUUGGCAAAAGGCCGCAACAAAACAGGCUCGAACUCAAAAACGUGGCGGCGAGACUAGCUUGAGCGCAAGUCGCUCCUCGGGAUCUUCAGGACGAUCAUCGGAAUGGUCCAGUGGUUCCAGUCUGGAUGAAGAAAUUGCAUGGUAUCCGCAACAGAAACUGGACGUGGCCAAGCGUAAAUUGCAAGGCGAGAAUCCAGCAUAUAUCAUUGUGGACGAACUUGCAAAUGGCCAUAAAAGUAAGCCGUAUUUUAAGGCUUUAGACAAAGUGGCUCGGGGUGACCGCAAAUUCAACAAACGAGCCCAAGUGGACAAAAAGUGCAACGAUGCGCACGAGCAAGUGAGUUGCUUGAUCGAUCUAGCCACCGAUCCCAACAUUCUGGGUCGUAUGUGGAUUGGUUGGCAGCCAUAUCUGUGAUGCAAAAAAGAAAAAAAUCAAGAUGUGCCCUUUGAUUUGGCGUUACGGAUCUCAAAAAGUUUAAUGAUUUGUGACUUCACUUUGGUUCCGAGUUGCCAAUGC